AUGGCUGGUUCUGCCCCCCCGUUAGCCAUAGCGGAAAACGAUGAUCCCAUCGAGGAACUGCCUCCACAGCGAUCCGUAUCACUCUACUGGGUGGAGAAGUGGCUGCUAGCGUUGGAUGCAUGCCAGGUUUGGUGCUUGCUCUGGCUGAUAUUUCUACCGCAGUUCCCCACGUCGUGGAAUCAACGAACGUUUCCUGUGCUUGCAGUCAACUUGGACUUCUUUCACUUACUCUUCAAUCAGCUAGACAUAUCAAAUAGUCUUGCUCCGAGCACCGCAGGCUCACGCCCGGCUUCGCGCCUUGCACUUGCGUGUGUUCUGACCGUCGUGGUAGCCGGGGUCGCAGUCCUUCUCUGGCGGGGAACUCGGUGGAUGAGCUUCGCGAAAUCGCCAAAGGAGAAGAGAGAUGAAGCCCGAGAGCGCGCUGGAGAGAUUCAGCGGAAACAGAGGCAGUCAUCAUGUCGCAUGUCGCUGAGUGUGGUGUUUGCGCUUCCAGACGAGCAACAGCUGCAUGACAGUGACUCCAAAUGGGUCAAAGUGCGUAACAUAUGUGCGGAUGCCUGGCACGCAGUCGGCCGGUACGCAGUGCAGGGCAGGGUUAUUCUGGUGACGUGGGUUUUUGCUCCGUACCUGAACUCCGUACUUCCCAUUGUUUUCUGUCAAGAUCAGUCUGAUGCAUGCGAGGACCAAGGCCUCCUCAUCGGGCGUGUCAUCGUUGGCAUCUUCGCCUUGGUGCUAGCGGUAUUCGCCAUCUACUACGUAGGCAGCCAUGUGAACGUCCACUUGGUCGCUCAGACAGGCGCCAACCACGAGGAGUACCUCCAACAGAAGGAGCUGGAAUACAUGCUGCAUCUAAAUGACAGCUGGAGCGUGCAGAUGUUGUGGACCUUCACGUCGUUCAAACGCGAGUGGGGACGAGUCUACCACCGUCAGCACCUUAUGAUCGUCAAGUUUAUCCUGUGUCUUCUGGUUUCGCUCUUCGGCAAUCAGCCCUAUCGACCCGCUGCGGGCGCAACAUGGCUAUUACAACAGAUUUUCCCCGAAGGCCUCUCGCGGACCCCGUCUUCAGAUACCCUCGGCGAAGAUGACGCUUCGGCCAGUAUCUCCGGGGGUUCAUCGUGGGCAGUGGAUCCUGCAUCAGAAAUUUCGAGUAAUCCCUUCGGAUCUCGCACGCAAAGCAUUCUUGCGUCCACAGUAAUUUGCUCCUUUGCUCUUUUUUCGCUGAUGCGAUUGCCAUACCGUCAGCGGUCCUCCAAUGUACUGUUCGCCUUCACGUGGAUCGUCUUUGCAGUUCUUUCGGGCUUUAGCGUCACCCUGGUGUGUUCAGAAGAGACCCCGGUUAUUCUGCACGCGGAUAACAUGCAGGUCCUGCUUCCUCUCUUGCAUAUCGUGCUGGUUGUUCUUUGGCUUGUUGUCAUUGUGAUUGGGAUCGUUCGAACCCUGAUUCCAAGCUCCUCUAGCGCCCUCAUUGUUCCUCCCGAGCCGGAAACCGAAGAAGACCAGCUUCUGCUUGACAAGCUUGGCUCCAAGCAACUGAGACAUGAGCAGCGGAAGAGGCGGUGGCAGAAAAACAAAGAUCUCUUUUUGCACCACGCCACUGGCGUGCUUCGCAACACGCUGUCGAGACGUGCAGCGGAGAAUAUUCUUCUAGUGAGGAGGACACUAAGCUCGCUCUGGAGCGGCGACCAGGACGACAGGAAUGGGAUUUACCCCACGUUCUUGGAUAGCCCGUGGCCGAUCUCCUUUUACGAAGGAAGGUAUUUUAUCAAAACGUUUCCAGAUGUGUUACAAUCUCUCAAAGCAGCUAGGAGGACCGUCGACAGGUAUCUCUUCGCCGACAAGACUCUGGCGCCCCUUUCGGCUCUGAAUGCUGCUCAUGAGGAUCUGCAACACCAUCUAGUCAGCUUCCUGAGUCUUCGCGAAGGCGAGGAAAAUCCUCUGCUGGGCAAGGGGGCGAAAGCGGAUUGUGGAAACCACGUUGAAGCCGCAGUAAAUCAAGAUGGAAUCGAGCAAGCCUUGAUGCGCGCCAAGAAAAAGCUCGCAGAUCUCUUUGGAGAAGAGGAUGAGACUGACGAAGAGGACGAUGACUGCCCAGACGAUGAGAAAAAUGAUGAAGCUGACGACGACGACACAGAGGCGCCGGAGUCUGUCGAUGAGGCGGACGAUAUUCUGGGCCCGCGCCUCCGCCGCGAGACUAACUUUGAUGACGCUUGGGACACGGAGGGGAGACACCGGCGGGUUGAGAGACUUUUACUAGCAAUUCAGGAGCAGCGAGGGCAUCGUUCGGGCGCCAUUGGCUCACGUGGCGACGAGCCAGACGGAGCCGACCCUUUGGAAACUCUUCGGGCGCGAAAAGCUGCAAAGCAACCACAAAUCACGCCCGGUGGAGCUGUCGGCGCGGGUGCGGCAGCCCAGCAAGACGAAACGCCUUUAGGUGUGUCUCUGAAAGCUUUGCAAGUGGAGGGCGCCAUACGGAAACGCCGCGCAGAAGCGUUCUCUCAGAGGCUGCUGAGCGCCGCUUCUGCCUCCUCACGGCAGUCUCGCCCAGGUUCCAUCUCCCAUUCGUCUGCUAAUCCUCGGAGUUUUGCUGCUGUUCGCGCCGACGCGAAUGACAGUACGCCGGCGGCAGGUGAGACUGGGGGGGCCUGCGGAUCGGGUGAACUGAGCGACGCGCAAGUCGAGCGUCUCAACAGCAAUGGAAUCGGGGGCGGAGGCCUGGCAGACAUCCACAAACUUCUUCAGCUAGACUGGGAGAUUCCCGCGCUGUCCUCGACUGCAGAGCUGGCGCAAAUCUCCGCAGAAAUCGAGGCGCAGGGCGAUCUACAGGCGCAGGGCGAUCUACAGGCGCAGGGCGAUCUACAGGCGCAGGGCGAUCUACAGGCGCAGGUCUCGCCGGCUGUCCGUGGCACGUCCACAUCUCUGGGGACAACGACGGAAAGGCGAGAACAAGGCGCAGCGGAGACGCCUGACCCAUAUGCGGAAAUUGCCCAUCAAGGAGAGGAGGGGUGCGCGGAGGCAGACGCAGAACAGAAAGGCAGGGGGAGCGAGAGGAAGGACGGGAAGAUAAAGAAACAGAAGAUGCGCUUGAAAUCGGAUCCUGAUGCGUUCCCGUACCUGCCAGACGACUCUCGCAGAGCAGCCAUCGAGUUCCAGAUUCGGCGCCUCAGCACGUUAUCGCAUCUUUCUCAGCGUUUUUCAGCCGUGCCUGUCAAGAAGCUUUUCGAAGAGAUGCGGCAUCGGCAGUCACUUAGCCACGCUUUCCGAUGGAUUAUGUUGGAAGCAUUUGAAAUUCUUGCGAGCCUGAGACACGAGGUCGCGCAGGUCACCUGUUUGCCGACGGCCCUUCCGAAUGGGGGGGAUGAGCUCAUGGCGCUGUUGGCGAGGCGAUGCCGCCAAAGAGACAGAGACCUGCUUUUCAUGGCCGCGAAAAAGAAGCGGAUUCUGACGAAGCUUCUCGCGAUACGGUUCCUCUGCGGCAAGCACCUCUCCAUCAUAGAUCGAACUGACGAAAUCGUCUCUCAGAUGCUCCGCGGCCUCACCAGUCUUUUCGAGUAA